AUAUUUUGUGUUUUAGGUACUGCAAGCUCCUUAUGGGGAUCUAUUAUAAUGUAUGGAAAUGGCCAAGGCUGCUGAUUUGAUUGCUUUUGUGGCAUCGGCAAACUCUUUAUGUGAAGAGGGUGCAUCUGACCUUUUUGAUUCAUUUGGAAAUCAAUGCCUUUCUGUAUUUAGGUCUAUUGGUCUACCCAGCACUGCUCUUUUAAUUCGUGAUCUACCUUCUGAGCUUAAACAGAGAAAUGAGUUAAAAAAGUUGUGUACUUCUAGUCUUGCUUCUGAAUUUCCUGAGGAUAGUAAGUUCUACUCAGCAGAUACAAGGGAUGACUUGCAUAAGUUUAUGUUGCUUUUUAAGGAGCAAGGGCUCACAGCACCUCACUGGCGAAAUCAACGUCCUUACCUCAUUGCACAAGAGGUUGUUACAGUAUCUGAUGAUUCCAGUCCACGAAAGAGUACUCUCCUUCUCACUGGUUAUAUGCGUGCACACAGCCUCUCAGUGAAUCAGUUGGUCCAUGUUUCUGGUGCAGGGGAUUUUCAGCUGUCCAAAAUUGAAAUUCUAAAAGAUCCAUUACCUCUGAAUGCAAGCAAAGAACAGGAUGCUAUGGAUUCUGAUGAAUUAAAAGAUGCUAAGGUCAUUUGUUGCCUAGCUCUUGAUCCGUUGAACCAGGAACCUUUACUUGUUGAAAAUGUUUCAGAUCCUCUUGCCAGAGAACAGGGAAAAGAAAAGCCUUCUUUCUCCUGGUAUUCUGUUUUAGUUGUCAUUGACAAGACAUGGCCAACAGAAGCAGAAACGGCAGAGGCUGAUAAAACAAAAAAGGCUGCUUGGAUUGUAGGUGAUAAAGAUGAGGAGGAUUCUGACACUGACAAUGAUGACAAUGAUGGCAUGGUAUUGGAUGAAGGAGAAAGUGGCUUUCACAGUCAAGGUGGUACAAAUAACCAAGACUUUGAGCAAGACCAACCUUCCUUAAACUUAAGGGACUUAGAUGAUGAAACUGAAAAUGAUUCAGUCAUGAUAGUAUGGCACAUGGUUGCAUUAGUUUUAUACACCCUUAGUGUAAAGAGUCUUUAGUAAUGUUAACUUCAUUUAGUGCAUGUCAUGUAGAGUUUUUUGUUACCACUCCCGUGGCCUGCACCAAAACAGUGCUUUACAUGUAGUUCUAGCCAUCAGCUGCUGACCUGGUUCAUUUAAACCCUUUCUUUUUCUCUGCACUUGUACCAAUCUGCUAACUUGACUUCUUGCAUUUAAAAUUAUGUGCAAUUCUCAUGCUCA